CAGGGAAAUGGGGCAGCUGGCCAGGAAUCCAUGGAGUGUUGUGUUUACAGUCUUCAGCUCCCUGUAGUCUAAAUAGCUGGAAAGUUCCCAGUGUCUGAAGAAGGCUGGAGAGACACUUCUUAUCUUCUGAGUGCCUGUGGCUCCCUCUCCUCCGUGGUACCUGUGUUCCCAGGGGGAACCUGCAGUACCUGCUGUGUUUUUUUCCCAUGGCAGUGUCAUGCUCUGUGGUAAUUCCAUUUAAUUUUGGCUACCUCAGCUGUGCCAGCACGAUCCGUCCCUCUGGCAAGCAGAGUUUCUCCCCAGGACUGAAAACCAGAGGUUUCUAUUUCUUGGCUGAAUCCCCAUGAAUUCUUUUAAAGACCUGUAAUAACUUUUUUUUGGAACUAGACUGUAUUUAUAAUGGGGUUUUUGUUCCUUUAUGGCUCUCUCCACUAAGUAAUAGACCUGAAGGUUGAAGGUCAUUGUAUCAGAAAACCUUACAAGGUGAUUAUAAUUCCAAAAGGUGUUUUUUCCUAAGUUUAAAAUUGCUUUUGAAAUGUCAUUUAGAGGCACUUAAAAUUGAUUUGAUGGCUCCAUUCCUGCUGUUAAUAGCAUGGGAAUGUGCAGGGUGAGUGAGAUGGGAGCAGUGCUGAGGCAGGUGGAAGCAAACAGGGGAGCUCUAGGUGGGAGUUUACAAACAACCUUGAUAUUCGAGGCUCAGCUGGUGAUUCACAAUGCAAAGAUAAUUAUAAGCUUAAAUUAUAUCCAAUUUAGAAAGCAAGGAAGGAUUUACCUUCGGCUGUAGCUCUGCUUCUGCCCGGGGCUGAGGGCAGACCUGGCACCAUCAGGAGCUCAAACUUCCCUCUGAAACACUCCAGUUGUCUGUUGUUAGUCCCUGCCUCAUUUAAAGCAUCUUUGCACCACUAAAUAAAAUCUGGCUGGCUUUGUGGAAGCAGCCUGUCCUUCCAGAAGAAUCUAAAAGGAGAGGUGGGACCCUCCUGGGAAGGAAAAAGGGGCUUUCCCCCCUUUGUCCUGACUGUGCUUGGCUGCCUUCACUCAGCGGGGACUUGAUGGUGAAUCUGACAGAUCUGUGUCCAGCAGGUCCUCCUCUCUUCCCGAGAGUCUGCUGUGGUCUUUGGAGAUGUAACCCCCCAAAACAGCUCACCAUGAGGCCUGACAGGCUGCAGGGAUUCAGGGGGGAUGAGGCUGCAGAGAUUCAUUGUCAGAACAGCACUGAGCUCCUGGGCUCAGUGUGGCUUGGAAAAAUACAGGGUACAAUGUUCACAAGAGGGUGUGAUGGAGGAGCCCUGCCUGGCAUGCACAGAGGGGGCAAAACCAGGAGAUUCCUCACUUGCUGAGAGCCUUUGACACUUUUAUCCAAAAUCUGAGCCCUACAGUAAGACCCAGUAAGAUAAAAAGAUUUGAUGUGAUGAGCAGCACACGUUCAGUAAUGUUUCAGGAGGUAGGUAGUGAAAACCAGCUCUCUGAGGUGUUCUGCUGUUGGUACAAUGAUUUAUUUUUGAGCAGGGUGGUGUGGUGGCAAGUGUCCCUGCCCAUGGCAGGGGGGUGGAACGACACGAGCCCUGAGGUCCUGUCCAGCCCAAACCAAUCCAGAAUGCCAUUGUAUAAAGUUUUCCGAAGGGGUCAGAGGGUAAUGGCUGCACACACAGCGUAUCUGAGCGUCUGACAGUGUCACUUUGCCCUGUUCUCAUCAUCCAGAGCUGAAAGGUGGUGCUUUCCUAGAAUGCUGGCUGAUUUCUCACAUGAUCCAUGCCAGCACUUGCAGGUCCUGCCUGGAGAGACCUGCCCAUAGUCACCUGCUGGGCUGCCAGGGGGCAAUCAUGGCAUGGCACCUCUAGAACAAACCCUCGGAUCUCCCUGAGAUAGCAAAAACUCAGUGAUUUUGAGUCAGCAGCUCUUCCUCAGCAUUUCCUCUGGCCAAAAGCCCUUGUCUAGCAGAGUUUUUGAUGGACUCUUCAUUGCAACUGGCAAGGAAAAAGCAGAGGAGGGUGAACAGUUCUGUUCAUUUUCAUUCCCUUUUCAUAGACUUAUUUGGGAGAAGCAGAGUGGGAGAGUACUGCGUGCUGGCAGAGCUUGUGUAUUUUAUGUGACGGGCUGUUGAAAGAGUUCUCAAAGUGCACUUCCUUUCCGUGGGCUUUAAGGUCAUUUCCCAGUGCUUGCGGACUCACAGCGGGCGGGGAAACCCUUCUCUCAUCACCAGGGAAUGAAAUGCUCUCCGUGGCUUUUUGGAGCCAACAAAAAUCUCUUUGUCUUCUCUUCCCUCCCACUGUUUCCCAAGCAGCAAGUUUGCUGACAGGCCUUGUCGGGAAGGGGGGAGUGCUGCUCCAGGAUCCAGCUCUCGCGGAAAACGAGCGGCUGAGGUGAAACGGAGGGUCUGGCAAAGUGUGCUUUGCUGAGGCAACCACACCUGGGAAAAACAGCCAAGGAUUUUAUGAAACUGGAUGGCUUCUACGGUGAGCCUGGGCAAGGAAACAUUGUUGGAAGAUGGAAUGCCACCUGCAAAAAAGCCCAGGAAGCUGUUGCCAAGUCUCAAAACCAAGAAGCCUCGGGAGCUUGUUUUGGUGAUUGGGACAGGAAUUAGUGCUGCAGUUGCUCCCCAGGUCCCAGCGCUGAAAUCCUGGAAGGGGCUGAUUCAGGCUCUCCUGGAUGCUGCUAUUGACUUUGAUCUCCUGGAAGAUGAAGAGAGCAAACGGUUCCAGAAGUGUCUACAUGAAGACAAGAACCUGGUCCACGUUGCCCACGACCUUAUUCAGAAGCUGUCUCCGCGCACAAGCAACGUUCGCUCAACCUUUUUCAAGGACUGUUUAUACGAGGUGUUUGAUGACCUGGAAUCCAAAAUGGAAGAUUCUGGGAAGCAGCUGCUUCAGUCUGUGCUUCACCUGAUGGAAAACGGGGCCCUUGUGUUGACCACAAACUUUGAUAACUUGCUGGAGCUCUAUGCAGCACACCAAGGGAAGCACCUUGAGUCUCUUGACCUGACUGAUGAAAAGAAGGUGCUGGAGUGGGCACAGGAGAAGAGGAAGCUCAGUGUCCUGCACAUCCACGGCGUCUACACCAACCCCAGCGGCAUCGUCCUGCACCCGGCCGGCUACCAGAACGUGCUGCGCAACACCGAGGUCAUGCGAGAGAUUCAGAAGCUGUAUGAGAAUAAGUCCUUCCUCUUCUUGGGCUGUGGUUGGACAGUUGAUGACACCACGUUUCAGGCCCUGUUUUUAGAGGCUGUCAAGCACAAGUCAGACCUGGAGCACUUCAUGCUGGUGCGGAGGGGGGAUGUGGAUGAGUUCAAGAAGCUCCGUGAGAACAUGCUGGACAAAGGGAUCAAAGUGAUUUCCUACGGAGACGAAUACGCUGACUUGCCCGAGUACUUCGAGCGGCUGACAAGCGAGAUUGCCAUGCGGGGCCGCGCAGGUGUGCCCAAGGAGGGGCAGCAGCUGAACGGCUCUGCCACUGCCCACGCUGAGGUAAAAGUCUUUGCUUCCAUGCAGGAUGCAGCCCCUGAUCCUCAGCCCUGCCCAGGCCCUGAGCUGUGCCAGGGGCUCCUGGGCCAGGCCAGCAGCCCUCAGGAGCCCAGCACUGUCCCACUGUGUCCAGCACCAAGCCAGGACCCUCCCGGCAGGGAUGAGGCCAGGAUGGAGCCACCACAGAUGAACACCUGGUCUAACACAGUAAUCGUGGUUUGAUGAGGCUGCACGUGCCUGCAGAGCACGGUAUCCCUGAGGAAGCUGCAGCCUCCUCUAACUUCAUACCUAGUGCUUUUAUAUUCUGUAUUUCAAUUAAAAAAUGAAACUUGAGCUUUUUUUUUUUUUUACUGGAAGCUCUAGUUUUCUAGUCCUGUCUUUUUACUGUACAGUAUUUUGUAUGUUGAAGUUGUAUUAAAGGCCUGCUCACUGAA